AGAAGAAACGGCAGAUACUGCCCCAAAUCAUACAUCAGAUCCAAACUAAGCGAAUCUAUACAAAACCGUCUCCAAAACAUCCACCACUCCUCCGAUUUCAUUCUUCUGACAGACGAGCACAAUGCCGUCAACACAUAAGAAAGAGAAGCCCUGGGAUACCGACGACAUCGACAAGUGGAAGGUCGAGGCCUUCACCGCAAAGGACAAUGCCGGCGGCACAUUCACCGAGGAAUCGUCCUUUGUCACGCUGUUCCCCAAAUACCGCGAAGUCUACCUGAAGGAGGCCUGGCCGCUCAUCACCAAGGCGCUGGAGAAGCACGGCAUCGCCUGCACGCUGGAUCUCGUCGAGGGUUCGAUGACGGUCAAGACGACGCGAAAGACAUUUGACCCCGCCGCCAUCCUGAACGCGCGCGACCUCAUCAAGCUGCUGGCUCGAAGCGUCCCGGCGCCCCAGGCCGUCAAGAUCCUGGACGACGGCGUCGCGUGCGACAUCAUCAAGAUCCGAAACCUGGUGCGGAACAAGGAGCGCUUCGUCAAGCGGCGCCAGCGGAUACUGGGCCCCAGCGGCUCGACGCUCAAGGCGCUCGAGCUGCUGACGGAGACGUACAUUCUCGUCCACGGCAACACGGUGUCGGCCAUGGGCCCGUACAAGGGCCUCAAGGAGCUUCGCAGAGUCGUCGAGGACUGCAUGAACAACAUCCACCCCAUCUACCACAUCAAAGAGCUCAUGAUCAAGCGUGAGCUGGCCAAGGAUCCCGAGCUGGCCAACGAGAGCUGGGACCGCUUCCUGCCAAACUUCAAGAAGAAGACGCUGAGCAAGAGACGGGUGCCCCUCAAGGUCACGGACAAGGCCAAGAAGGUCUACACGCCCUUCCCGCCGGCGCCGGAGAAGAGCAAGGUCGACAAGCAGAUUGAGAGCGGCGAGUAUUUCCUCAGCAAGGAGGCAAAGGAUAGGGCGGUGCUCACCGAGCGCCGGGAGAAGCAACAGGAGGCUAAAGAGCAGCGGGCAAAGCAGCGGGCAGCCGAGUAUGUACCACCGGAAGAAGACAGGCCCAAAAAGAAGCGGAAGAAGACUUCCGAGUAGGGUGGCUAUUGGAUGAGUCGAGUUACGCCGGGCGGUGGUGUUGACGGUUAGGAGCGCUUGCUUUAUCUAUUCAUCUAUUCCAUGUAUUUGCACAAAUGUAUAAGUAAUAUUCCAGAAGACAAUUUGGAAUGGAUUUGUCACUUGAUUCUACACAAUUUGGGCCAAUGUUAAGCUGGUC